AUGAGUCUGUCACCCGACCACCCGCGUAACCUCCCGAUCCCGCUGCGCUCCGCGAUGAAACACUCUCGCCCAAAUACACCAUCGUGCCAAUCCCCGCCGUCGCCCGGUCUCUCGCGCUCGUCUCUCCUGCCCUCUCCAACCCCGCUUCCCGCCGGCUCACCGCUACUUGAUGUCCCAUCUGCCACCACCUCCCCCGGCAUCCCCUCACCCUCAUCCAGUUCGUCCCCAUCUGCGAUCUUCGUCACCCCGGCGCCGUACGCCGGGUCACCGCUCGUUGCCUCCCAGGGUUACACCCCCAAGGUCUCCUUCGAUACGCUCGAGAACCCGGCCGCAAGCAUGUUCUCGUACACCCUCCACGUCCAGAGCGAUGGUUACUCCCGCAACCGCGGUACCCGCGUCUUCCUUUGUGCUUCCAGCCCAGACGAGAGCGGCACGCAGGCCCUCGACUGGGUCCUCGACUCCCUCGUCCAGGACGGCGACGAGUUGAUCGUCUUCAGGGGCGUCGACAGCGAAGAGCUCAGCAAGGAGCACGAACAGUAUCGCGAGGACGCCCGCGAGCUCAUGCACCACAUCCAAGAGAAGUGCGUCGAGUACGACCCGGACCGCAAGCUCUCGAUCAUCGUCGAGUACAUCGCGGGCAAGGUCCCGCAGGCGAUCGACCGCCUGAUCGCGCUCUACCGCCCCGACUCAAUCGUCGUCGGCACCCGCGGCCAACGCAGCAUGAUGCAGGCCUGGGGCGCCGCGUUCGGCGCGCCCGGCGUUGGGAGCAUCUCCAAAUAUUGCCUCUCGCACUCGCCCGUGCCCAUCAUCGUGGUGCGGCCGGAGAGCAAGGUGCGCAAGACGCGGGCGAAACGCCGCGCGGACCCGAAGCGCGGCUCGCAUUUCGAAGAGUGGACCAAUGCACGCAGCCAUGGGGGAAGUGGACUGCCGGUCCCGAUGGUCACAUCCAUGACCCGAUGA